AUGGUGAAUGCAGCCGUAUUCAAAAAGGCACCUGUAUAUCGCCUGGGUGAGCGCGAAGAUGACCCCGCAAAGACACUCGCCAAGCUGUUAAAGGCAAACCAUGAGUCAAAUGCAGUCCUUCGUAAUCCGAGGUUGCUUUUCCACAAUCAUGUCCCUCAUGCUCUUGGAUCCUCUUACCUACUUGGUGCCGACAGCGCCAGGUUGGAGGAGAUUUACGCCGCUGAAAAGCCCAAUCUCUACGACGUGAACAGUGAUCUUGUGCGACAUGUCAUCACACGCGAUAAUUGGAGGCAGUUCCUUGGCCAGAAGAAAUACACCGCUGCGUAUGUUGACUACUUUGAUGCUGAAAUAGAAAGGGUCAACGGGGACUGGAAGAAGGUUGUCGAAGACCAUCUUUACUUGGGAACGCAACCCUUGGUAAAUUCAUUUUGCGGCGGACUUGGACACCCGUUUAUUCAUCUCGCGUACGGGUACGAGUUUAAUAGCAAGGAGGUUAUCGCCGAGGCUUUGAGUCUUGGCUGCACCGAGUAUGACCAGAUGCACGCAUAUCUGGACACCCCUCCUCCAGACACCUCUACAUACAAGACUAGGAGGAUUGCUGAUGUUCUAGAGAACCUCCGCAAUGAUAAGCGUUUCGCCAAUUACACCAAGAAUCUUGGAUUUGCCAACAUGUUCACCUUGUUCGGCAAAUUCGAGCCUGCAGUGAGAGAACAUUUCACGUCCUUGAUUGUAGACAACGCCGAUGAACAGUUGCUUGACUGGCUGCAGACGGCUGCAGCUCUUGCGACUACCGCGGCCACAAUUGAGGGCGGUUACGAUUUCUACAUUGCUCACAUACUGACUGUUGGCCACGCGCUUCGGAUCUUGAUGCCUUAUAUUCCGGAAGAGCACAAGAUCCCUGUGAUGAAGCAAUUCGGGCUAUUCGCCAUUCUUGUUUACCUCAUGGAGCUUACUCCAAGUUAUGAUCCUGCAAGCAUUCGGUCUUACAAGGCUAAAAGUGAUGGGUGGAAGGCGAUAUACCAAGAUGCUCUGGCUAGUCAGUGGUUCACUGAUGUACAUUGGUCAAAAGUAGUACGGGCACUGAACAUGGUCGAAGAGGUUAGAGGGUCUGAGGAUGAGUUUUACAAAAAAGCUGCAGACAAGUUCAUCAGGGAGUUUGAAGGGUGGACUGGCUUUGGCCUGGGCGUCGAUGCUAUUCCUUAG